AUGGACCUCCUAGCGGACUACAGCGACGCGGAGGCCGGCAGCCCCGGCAGCCCCGGGGGAAGCGGCAGCAGCGGGGGCGCAGGCGCCGGCGCCGGCGCAGCCGUGGGGCUGCUCGGGAAGGGCCUCUCCACGGCGCCGGCCGUGGACACCACCGGGCUGGCGCUGGUUGACAACCGCGCAGUGGCGUCCGCCAGCACGCGCAUGCUGCUACCCGCCAACGCGAAGGAGGUGCAGUACAACCUGCCGUACCAGGACCUGGCGGCGCCCGUCAUGGGUGAGCGGCGAUGA